ACACACACACACACACAAACACACACACACACACACACACACACACACACACACACACACACACACACACACACACACACACACACACACACACACACACACAGAAACACACACACACACACACACAGAAACACACACACACACACACAGAAACACACACACACACACAGAAACAAACACAGAAACACACACUCACACACAGAAACAAACACAGAAACACACACUCACACACAGAAACACACACACACACACACACAGAAACACACACACACACACAGAAACACACACACACACACACAGAAUCACACACAGAAACACACACAGGGCCAGCUAGCUCCCCCUUCCUUCUGACCUCCGCUGGUUCUAGAAUCCACACUAACUCACUUCCAGCCAGGGCCCUUCUCCAAAGUCAUUACUGUAAAGAGAGGGUAUCCUGAGGUGAAUCAACAUGCAGCGGAGUCAUUCAUUUCCAGCACCACUGAUUCACUUUGUCAACAUACCCUCUAGUACUAAACGGGGACAUGAGAACAGUAUGGCCCGGUGGAACUCAAGAGGGGACUAUUUUAUAGUUGCUCUGAAUGUGCCUAGUAUUUCUAAAGGGCCGAUCACAUGCUAUUCAUCAUUCUAUUCGUGAGAGAUGAUUGCUGUCAUGUACAGUGAACUGUUACAUAGGACUCUUUGAGACAUUUUAUAGAUACAGCUUUAACAGUAUCCUUAGAAUGUCUCUCCAUCACCCCCCUUUUUCCAGGGUAUUGCAACAUUCCAACCCAGCCUGUAUGACAGCCUGGGCUGUACCACUGUUGGAUUGCUCAGUUUAUAGGGUGACAGCUUGCUAACUCCUAUGGUUAUUGUCACUGUUUGGCGUAAAUAACCAUAGGAGUUGGCAAGACAGCACAGAUCUGAGACCAGGCUAAUGUUAGCAGGGUUGGGCUAGUUAAAAAAAGGGGAAGAGAAGAUGAUGUAUAGCAUCUGUCCUCAGGUCAGGUCUUGUAAUGGUUUACACGUGGAGCUACUGGGGUGUGUGGGAUAUAAGAGGGGCUUUUGUGUCCAGACCCCCACAGUGGAUUCUGCCCCAGGCAGCACGGAGAACAGAGAACAGUGAUAGGACCAUCAGCCACAGGAAGGGAUCUGAUGGGGGGGUCAGGGACCAUUUCCAGUUUUAAAGUCACGUGCAGAAGUACAGAAAUGCCUUUCAACAAAAAACCCAACAAUGCAGUAUUCAAUAUCAAUGUAACACUACAAACAACACAAGGUAGAACAGAAACACACUGAAAUAAAAAAUAAGAAGAACAGGAGAAAGUAAGAAGUUAUAUACAGGGUCAGUUCCAAUACCAUAUUUACAAUGUGCAGGGAUACUGGAGUGAAACAGGUAGAUAUGUAUCGGGGUAAAGUGACUAGGCAUCACAGGGAGGGAUUUGACCGUUUAAAGGGGAUGACGGGGGGCUUUCUGCUGCAUAAACAAACAUAAACACGUUGGCAGUGUGUGAUGUGAGUUACACAACUUAGAGGGAGAUCUACUCUGCUGGGAGAGGCUUGAUGAAGUUACCACAUGUACCCAGACUCUCAGGAGGUCAGAGAAGCAGACAGAGGGAGAUCUACUCUGCUGGGAGAGGCUUGAUGAAGUUACCACAUGUACCCAGACUCUCAGGAGGUCAGAGAAGCAGACAGAGGGAGAUCUACCCUGCUGGGAGAGGCUUGAUGAAGUUACCACAUGUACCCAGACUCUCAGGAGGUCAGAGAAGCAGACAGAGGGAGAUCUACUCUGCUGGGAGAGGCUUGAUGAAGUUACCACAUGUACCCAGACUCUCAGGAGGUCAGAGAAGCAGACAGAGGGAGAUCUACUCUGCUGGGAGAGGCUUGAUGAAGUUACCACAUGUACCCAGACUCUCAGGAGGUCAGAGAAGCAGACAGAGGGAGAUCUACUCUGCUGGCCGAGGCUUGAUGAAGUUACCACAUGUACCCAGACUCUCAGGAGGUCAGAGAAGCAAACAGAGGGAGAUCUACUCUGCUGGCCGAGGCUUGAUGAAGUUACCACAUGUACCCAGACUCUCAGGAGGUCAGAGAAGCAGACAGAGGGAGAUCUACUCUGCUGGCCGAGGCUUGAUGAAGUUACCACAUGUACCCAGACUCUCAGGAGGUCAGAGAAGCAGCCAGAGGGAGAUCUACUCUGCUGGCCGAGGCUUGAUGAAGUUACCACAUGUACCCAGACUCUCAGGAGGUCAGAGAAGCAGACAGAGGGAGAAGGGAGGGAGACGGAGCCAGGGCAUUUGUGGCACACUUUCCGUGAGUGUGAUAAGCUCAAUCAAGCGCGGCUAAAGUUUAAAUUAUUAGUAUUCAAAUACUAUUUGAAUGCAGGUCUGGUAUCCACUAUCCAUUCUUAUCCAUCUUCUACCUCAUUGGUCAGGUUACAACACACUCUUAUUCCAACAUCAUGUGAUGUUGUGUGUGUUUAUCAGUCUGUGGCUGGAGUGUGUAUGAAGCAGGUGAUUGCCUUGUAGUGUUGACAUAUGUGGGGUUAGACAGAUAUAAGCUGUUGGAAUCUGUCAGGACAGAGAACACACAUGUACACACGUACACACACACACUUUCAAGGUGGGAGACACAGGUCACUGUAGGACAUUACUCUGAAUUAGAUAUCAAACACAUGAAAAUGAUUAAGUUCUUGUGAAGGCUAUACCUAUCUCCUACUACUACUCUACCUCUGGGAACAUCAAUACAUUAUACAGGUGAGUCAGUAUUAAAAUGAAUCCCCGGGAAGGACUCAAAUGACCAAAGGACCA